AUGAGUAGCGCUCCCAAUGAACCACAUGGCGACCCCUAUGAGGUUGAAGACAAGGCCGCCGUCGCUCAAGUCGAUCAUGCCGCCGAUUUAGACGAAAAAGCACAGGUUUCCGAUUACAAGGCGGAUGCCAUUGCUGCAGAAAAUGCGGAGCACGACAUGACCGUGAUGGAGGCUGUUCGAGCCUACCCGAUGGCGUCUUUCUGGGCAUUUGUGAUGUCUUUCACGAUUAUCAUGGAGUCCUACUGUGUCUUCCUUAUUGGUAACUUCGUCGCCCUACCGGCAUUCAUAGAGAAAUACGGUGUAUAUGAUGCGGCAACCAACGGCAAAGUUAUCGUUACCAAGUGGCAGUCAGCGCUUCAAGUUUCUGGGCAGCUCGGUGCUUUGAUCGGCGUGUUCCUCGCUGGUCCUCUUACUAGCCGGAUUGGCUAUCGUUGGGCAACUAUCAGCGGUCUCAUGCUUUUGAAUGUUUUCAUCUUUGCAUUUUACUAUGCCGAGUCGAUGCCCGUGAUUUUUGUGGCCCAGCUUCUUGAGGGCAUGCCUUGGGGUAUCUUUAUUGCCAACGCGCCCGCCUACUGCAGUGAGAUCGUUCCAAUUAAGCUACGAGCCCCAGCAACACAGAUGCUACAGAUGUUCUGGGCUAUUGGCAGUAUCAUUGUUGGUGCUGUGACUUAUGUCUAUAAUACUAACCCGGACCCAAGUGCUUACAAGAUCCCUAUUGCGCUGCAAUGGAUUUUCCCCACUCCACUUGCUAUCCUCAUUUUCCUUGCCCCCGAAUCGCCCUGGUGGCUUGUUCGAAAAGGACGCUUUGAAGCCGCAGCAAAUGCAGUCGAGCGUCUCGGACGUCGGGCGAGGAUGAAUUCCAGCGAGGCUGUCGCCAUGAUGCGUCGUGUCGUCGAACUCGAGAAGACUGAAAAGGAACCUAAUCAUCUGGAGCUCUUCAAGGGCACUGACCUCUACCGUACCCUCAUUGUAUGUGGUGUAUACGCGGCACAGAACCUGACGGGUAAUCUGAUCGCCAACCAGGCCGUUUACUUCUUCGAGCAGGCCGGUAUCUCGACAAAUACUGCAUUCGCCCUUGGUCUGAUUACGUCGGCACUGCAGUGGAUAUUCGUCAUGUUGUCGUGGAUCCUUACCUCGUAUCUAGGCCGUCGUACUAUCUACCUCUGGGGCUCAUUUAUCAACGUAAUAAUGCUCGUCGCUCUCGGAGUUGCGGGCUCAGUUGGUAAAUCGAAUUCGGCCUCUCUUGCACAGGCCUCUCUGGGUCUCAUCAUUUCCGUGCUCUUUACCCUUGGCCCAGCGCCGGCUUCGUGGGUCAUUAUCGGAGAAACCUCAGCUAUCCGUCUUCGACCGCUCACGACUGGUAUCGGACGUGCUUCGUACUACAUUGUGGAGAUUCCCUGCAUCUUUUUGGGAAGUUAUAUGCUCAACCCGACGGGUGGAAACCUUGGCGGCAAGUGCGGCUACGUCUGGGGUGGCACUGGUCUGUUUUGCUGGGUCAUGGCGUAUUUCUUUGUGCCUGAGAUGAAAGGCCGGUCCUACCGUGAGAUUGACAUCCUCUUCAACCGUAAGGUUCCGGCUCGCAAGUGGAAGGAAACCGCUAUCGACAUCCAAGACGACAGGUAG